AUGGCCAGCACAGAAACAGAGACCGAAACCACCUCCGCCACAGCAACAGCAACAACGACCACCUCCACCUCCACCGGCACCGGCACCGCUACAAUGCCCCGCUCCCGCCAGCACCUCCCCUCCCUGCACGACCUCAUGAGCGCCGCCGCCGACGACGACGACGCCACCCCGCGAGGAGCCCGCCGCAAGUCCGAGUUUGAGAUCUACCGCGACGGCAAGGGGCCAGCAGCAGCUACCAGGACCUCGAGCACGGGCACGGGCACGAGGGCAUCGCCGGGCACGCAGCUGCACCGCGAGCGGCGCAUGCGCGAGAAGGAGCUGCGCGCGCUGGAGGAGGAGUAUCUUGGCGGCCGGAGGGGGGGGACGAGCGUGAUUGAGGAGGUGACGGAGGAGACGGAUGAAGAGGGGGGGGGCAUGGCGGACGCACCCCGCCCCCGCCCCCGCCCCCGCCGCAACACAAAGCCCUCCGCAAGCAGCAUCCUCUCGCACGGCCACCCGGACCCAGAGUUAACGCCGCUGCCCGCCCCGCCGCUGUCCCGCCUGCACAAGAGGUUCGCCACAGGCACCACGCCGUCGCCCGUCGUCCACAGGGCCGCCACUGCACCCCCGCGACGCCCCAGCAAGCUCUCGCCCACCCCCGUGCUCGCCCCCGCGCCCGCAGACCCCGACGUCUCGCCGCUCGAACACAUGCGGCACCUACGCCUCCAAUUCGAGGCCCUCCUUCCCCCCGCGCACUCCCCCACCCCAGCGCCCGCAAGCCCCAAGCCCCCCCGCCGCGCCGCCAGCAGCAAGCCCACCACCACCGCCGACCUCAUCGCGCACUACACCUUCACCCUCUCGCACCUCCCCGCGCUCACCCACCACUCCCGCACCGCCACACUAACGCUCACGCCCACGUCCCCCUCCACGCCCGGACACCUGACCCUCAACCUCCGCCCCGCCGCCACGCUGCGCGGCAGCUCCCACCACACAUACACCAUCCCGCCGCACGGGCGGCCCAUCACCAUCACCACCACCACCGCCGGCCCCUCACCCACCACGCGCACGUACGCGCUCGCCGACCUGCCGCUGAAGCACCUGCCGGCGCUGCGGUACGCGAAGGCCUUUGUGGGCCUCGUGCAGCGGUCGACGCUUGUGGGGCGCGUCGAGGCGCGCGAGAAGCAUGGCGGCGGCGGCGUGUGGGUCGGGCGGCGCUGGGCCGAUGGGCGCUUCGAGGCGGCGCGCGAGGGCGGCGGGGGGGAGGAGGUGCUGGUGCGCAUUGACGGCGCGAGGGGGGAGCGCGUGCGUGUGUGGGUUGGCGGGCGGAGGGUGCGCGAUGUGGGUGCCGUGCGGUGGGAGGGGGUGGUGGAUCGGGCGCAGAGGAUGUGGAGUGCGUGUUGGCGGGUGCUGGAGGAGGAGGAGGAGGAGGAGGAGGAGGAGGAGGAGGGCGCGGGGGUGGUGGAGGAGGAGGAGCACAGUGCUGCUUCGACGGUGACGCCGCCGGUGAAGGCGCCACGGACUCACACUCACACCCGACCUGACCCAGCACCGCAGGCAGCAGCAGCAGCAGCAGCGGCGGCGGCGGCGGCGGCGCACAGUAAAUACAUCCCCUUCCCCAUCGACGUGGCCACGACAUUUGUCCCCACCAUCGGCUGGUGCCGCCGCGACAAGCACACGGGCUGGUGGAGCAUGCUCUUCCUCGACGGCGUGCGGCUGGAGAUUGACCCUGUGAGCGGCGACGCCGUGUGGACCGACAAGCUCGACGGCAGCGAGGGGGAGCAGAGGAGGGUGCUGAAGGGCGGCAUGGGCAUGCGGGAGGUGCGCGAGAGGGUGAGGAGGUUUGUCGAGAGGGGGUUGUAG